AUGCAAGAAAAUUUCAACACUCAAGAAAGUGUCGAAGUUCAAGUGGGAUCAGAAUAUUUUGAAUAUCUUCAUCAUCAACAAGACUCUGUCUACAAGGCCUCAGACUACUGUCGGCGUAGAUUCGCACCUGAGUCAAAGUACGAGGAGGAGGCUAUCAUUCUCAACGGCUUUAAGCCUUUGAUUUUUGAGAUUUCCUUGCAAUGGAUCAGCAAUCCUGCUCGAAGAAUCGCUUAUGAUCCUGAUGGCCUGCCACAAGAACCAUGGUUGUCGAACGCCGCAACAAUAUGGCUCUUGGGGAAGACGCUGCAAUGUUCCAAUGACUUCGAUAGAUAUACACUAUCGCAGUUCAUUCAAACCUGCGCAUUUAUAGCAUUCGGGCCGUGGGAAUUGAUCGAAAAGGGGGCGACCAAAGGUUCUCUUUGUCGAUUCAGCGAUCACUGGAUUACUUGGAACCACCAGCUGGUUGGCCCGGAACCCAACGAGUAUUCUGGACUCCGUGCAGCUAGAACAGCACUCACUGCGCCGGUCAGAGAUCCAAGAACAUUUGAUAUUGAACAUUGGUACUCUGAAUGUGGGAAGUAUAUGCGUCCAAGAUGUCUUCAUGACCCGAUUGCACGUCUCGAGAAAAGUAAUGAGGCCAAACGACCAAAGCCAAGACCACCGGCUGAAUAG